AUGUCGCGUUCAUCGUACGACCGCUACCUCACGAUCUUCUCCCCCGACGGUCGGCUCUAUCAAGUCGAAUACGCCUUCAAAGCGAUCAACACUGCGGGGCUUACGUCCAUCGCCGUUCGCGGGCGCGAUUGCUGCGUCGUGGUGGGUCAAAAGAAAAUCCCAGACAAGCUGAUCGACCCUACGUCCGUCUCCAACAUCUUUGCGCUCACGCCCGAGAUCGGGUGCAUCAUGACGGGUCGCACUGCCGACGCUCGUGCCCAGGUGCAGAGGGCCAAAAUGGAGGCGGCAGAUUUCAAGUACAAGUACGGCUAUGCGAUUACGCCGGAUCUGCUGGCGAAGAGACUGGCGAAUAUGAACCAGGUGUAUACGCAACGCGCUGCGAUGCGACCGUACGGCGUGAGCAUGAUGCUCGUCGGGGUGGAUGCAGAGCGAGGACCCCAGAUUUUCAAGAUCGAUCCAGCAGGCUACUACGUCGGAUUCAGAGCCGCCGCUGCAGGCGUGAAACAGACAGAGGCGACGAAUUUUUUGGAGAAACAGUUUAAGAAGUCCACCAACACGGACGCAAGCGUUUCCGCUACCGACGCAGCCGCCAUAGAGGCCCAGAGCAUCAGUGAGAGUCUCACGCUCGAACAGACGUUGGAUCUCGCCGUGAAUACGCUGGCCACCGUGCUGGCGCAGGAUUUGAAGCCAACCGAGUUGGAGGUGGCCAUCGUAGGCGGUCCAGAAGCGGCAAAGUACAGACUCGGAGGCGAGGAGGAAGGUGCAGUGGAACAGUUGGAUUCCAGUACACUGCCAAAAGAGGUUCAGACGCAGAAGAGGUUCAGGAAGCUAGAUGAUGAUGAGAUCGGAGUCAUUUUGGAGAGGUUGGCUGAACGAGAUUAG